AUGGAUUAUUAAUUACCAUCUCUAGCUGAUCCCUUCACAUGGGUUUCUUACAGUAUUUUGGGCAUCCUGGUAGGCUUAUCAUAAGCUGGUGGUAUUGGUGGUGGACCAAUCAUAUCCCCAGUCAUGAUGGUUUUGUUAGGGUGUCCAAGUAAAAAGGCAAUUUGGAACACUUACAUAAUGCUUUUAGGAGGAAGUCUUGGUAAUUUCCUUCGGUUGGGCAAAGAAAGAACUGCCAAUGGAAAUGCACCAUUAAUCAAUUAUUAAUUAGUUCAAAUAACAUUGCCAUUGUUAUUAGCUGGAGCCAUUUUGGGCGUAGCAACAGGUAAAUGGUUACCAAAAUUGAUCAUUGUGAUCUUUCUAUUUGGAAUAUUGAUGACAGUCUUCCUGAAAACCAAGAGUUUGUACGCCAAAACUCGUAGCAAAGAAAUGAAUGAACAAUUAAUCCCAGUCGAACUAAAAGACCUGACAGUUUAAAAAGAGAGCAAUCACUCAAAAGAAUUGAAUAUAUUAAAGGAGAAAGAUGCAAGACUCUACCCAAUAGAGCCACUUACAGAAAUCAGUUUGACUAUUUUGAUCAUCAUAGUCGUAACUCUAUUAAAGGGAUCAGGGGCAGUACCAUCUCUUUUGGGUGUUGAUUUUUGUGGCUAUGGCUAUCAUUUCUUAAAUUUUGUUAUUUUUGGAAUAGCCUUUUAUAAUGUUUAAAGAUAUAGGAAAUAAAUAUCAAAGGACGAAGAAUAUAGGGAAUCCAUUGGUUACGAUUUUGCAGAUGGCAAAAUGAGUUCUGUAUUUGAUAUUACAGUGAAAUCCAGUCUAUAUGCUGGCUUUUUGGGUGGACUGGUUGGAUUAGGAGGAGGUGUGGUAUUGACUCCGCUUUGGUUAGAAACUGGAAUCAACCCUCCUCGAGCAGCUGCUUCAGCUACUUUCACAGUAUUAUUCACUUCAUCCAUAUCAGUAUUUAUUAUAGCUCUAUCGGGAGGCUAUUAAUUUUCUGAAUUUAUAAUUUUGGGGUUGGUUUCAAGUCUUGGCAGUUAUUUGGUUGCAGGAUUCCUGAAAAAGUUGGUGAAAAAAUAUAAAAGAGAGUCGAUUCUCAUUCAAGUGCUUCUAGGAGUAAUUUCGUUUGGUUUGAUUAUACUUCCCUUUCAAUCUAUUAAGGAUGUUUAUCACAAUCCACUUGGUGCCAUUUAAUUUGGUCGUUUGUGCUGA